AGAUGGCAGGACCUGAAUGUGAUCAGCAGUCUCCUCAAGUCCUUCUUUAGGAAACUCCCAGAACCCCUGUUCACUGAUGGUGAGUCCAAACUUAAUACCUGUGUGUGUGCGUGUGUGCAUGCGUGAGUGUGUGACUGCUCUGAUUUUGUUCUCUCUGUGUGUGUGUGUGUGUGUUUGAGUGUGUGCUAGUGUGUGUUUUACCCCUACUCACUACACCUUCUGUCUGCAGACAAGUAUAAUGACUUCAUUGAUGCCAACCGGCUGGAGGACUCAGGGAACAGGUUGAAGAGCAUGAAGAAACUGGUAUGUGGCUGACAAUCAAAUGAAAGUAGAUACUUUAAUUUGGGCUUACUGUAUUUGACCCCUCUCUCUCGUUCUCGCUCCUUAUCUGUGUCUCUCCAUCACUCUAUUCCUCUGUCUCUCUUUCUCCCUGCAUCCAUCCCUCUAUUCCCCUCCUUUUGUAUAUUCAUUACCCCCCCCUUUUGCUCUCUCUCACCCCCCCUUCUCUCUCUAAGAUCCAUGAUCUUCCAGACUACUAUCACCACACUCUAAGGUUCCUGGUCUGUCAUCUGAAGACAGUGGCGGAUCACGCCGACAAGAACAAGGUAAGAACUGCUCUCUGGUCUGCUCUUUCAAUAUGGUAAUUUUUUCAUAUCUACAGUAGUUGACUUUACAAUUAUAACACUGUAUAUCUCCCUUUCCCCUCUUGUCAUCUGUAUAUAUAUUUUUCUCGCUCACUCUUUUUAUAUCCUUACUAUUCCACCUGUCUGCAUCUCUUCCCUCUUCCUCAACAUGUGUUACUUUCUCUCUCUUCCUCCUUCAAUAAUUUUGUCCCUGCCCUCCAUUUCCCCCCACUAUUCACUUUCCCUCAUUACACCCUCUAGAUGGAGCCCAGGAACCUGGCUCUAGUGUUUGGUCCCACUCUGGUGCGUACCUCGGAGGACAAUAUGACCGACAUGGUCACCCACAUGCCCGACCGCUACAAGAUCAUCGAGACGCUCAUCCUGCACGUAAGAACCGCAGUCAAUCACCAUCUGAUUACUCAGUGGUCAGCUAGUGAUCGUCAGACCCAGCCAUCAUUCCAAGGGUCUCCUAUUAGUGAUUUGUACAUUUUUACAUUUACAUUUUUAGUCAUUUAGCAGACACUCUUAUCCAGAGCAACUUAAUGGAGCAAUUAGGGUUAAGUGCCUUGCUCAAGGGAACAUCCACAGAUUUUUUACUUAGUCAGUUUGGGGAUUCAAACCAGCGACUUUUCGGUUACUGGCCCAUGCUCUUAACCACUAGGCUACCUGGCGCCCUAUUGUUACAAUGUUACAUUGUAAAGACACUCCUUUUUCUUUCUCUAUUUUUCAGCAUGACUGGUUCUUCAGUGAUGGAGAGGUGGAUAAGGAUGAAAAGGUAUGUGAACAGGCAUGAGAUUCCAUAAUGCCAACCUAAAGAAAAGGGGGGGGGGGGGGCAAGUUAGUAUGACAGGUCUGGAUCAUCAAGCCUGCCCUUGCCAUCCCCAGCUUCUCUGCAGACUCUGUGGGUAGAUACUCCUCAAACAACAUGUAGCACCCACCCGGGUGAAGCCGGCAUCUGAUAGAUUUUGCUAGGGCGCCAGUGGCUCAUUACACAUCAAUUAUUGGGAUAAUCCAACCUUGGAGUGAGAGAUCAACUCAAAACUACAACAAGCCUCUGUGAUGUCCAAGGCUAUGCCACCUCCAGUUUCAAAUAAAAACAAAAGCUAGCUAGCCUAUGGGUUAUCUUGACCAAACUAACUGACUUGUCGGUCUUAUGACACCGUUGAAUCGAUAUUUAAGUGAUAAUGCCAGAGAAGCUGAAGAAGCUGGUGUUUGGAGGAUAUAUUGGCAAGGGUGUUGUUAGGCCCGAGACGAAGUCGAGGGGUGGCAAACCGUCCCAAUAUAUCCUCCAAACACUGGCUUCGAGGGCAUUAUCACUUUUAUACAACGGUUUACCAAAAUAUUAAAAUAAUGAUUGAUAUAUUUUCAUUAAAAACAUUAUUUUGAUGAAUUUAUUCAUACUAUUUCAUCCUUCCACAAGAUAUAGUCCCGACACAAAUCUAGGGUUGCUACCCAAGCCGGCUGGUUGUUCGUUCUAUCGGUUCGGUUGCCGGACAACCUUCCCUUGCUUGCUAGCUAGCCAACUACGGCUAAUUUACAGUAACAUCAAAAUAGCCAGAAUAACAACAAAGUAGCUGCAUUUGCAUUUGUUUAAGCUGUUUUCUAGUGACAUUUAUUUGUAUUAAUCCAUAACAAUGAGCUAAUGAGACGCAAUUCCGCCUGGCAUAGAUAAUGUGCUCACUUGUCUGGACACUGUUGUUCAGAGGAGCUAGCCAACAACAAAGCUAACGCAAUCACUUUAAACUGAAGCUGGAAAGACUGCAAACUAGCUGCACUUCGUUUCGUUUUACCUUUUUACAAUUGACAUUUCUUUGUAUAUAUCCAUAAAAAUGAUGCCAGCUGAUUCAUGAUUUCGACUGGCUGAGAAACGCUGCCUGCCUUUCUGUCUCGUCCCGACUCCCGACACAUUCAUUACUAUGGGACAGCUGGAGAUCAAAUUUGAAUAUUGAAACAAUGUUGCAAAUGUCGAAGAGACAGACAGCAAGGUUUUUACAAAUCUCUGCUGUUGAAAACUAAAUGUUACUCUAAAAGAUAUGUGAGAUAAUGUCUAGAUGCUUUUUAUAGUGGAGAUCAAGUUUAUAAAUUGCCUGGCAGGGUUGAUGAGACAGUGGAUUGCACAGUCAGAUGGAACAGAGUACAUAGGCAUUUUAACGUCAUAGAUUUAGCCAGUGGUAACUUGUGGAAUAGACACCAGCUGGAAUGCGGUUUUAACCAAUCAGCAUUCAGGAUUAGACCCACCCGUGGUAUAAAUAAAUAAUAAGUACUUACUAAGCUAACAAAAUAAAAAUAAUAUAUACAGUACCAGUCAAAAGUUUGGACACACCUACUCAUUCAAGGGUUUUCUUUAUUUUUACUAUUUUCUACAUUGUAGAAUAAUAGUGAAGACAUCAAAACUAUGAAAUAACACAUAUAGGAUCAUGUAGUAACCAAAAAAGUGUUAAACAAAUCAAAACAUAUUUUAUAUUUGAGAUUCUUCAAAGUAGCCACCCUUUGCCUUGAUGACAGCUAUGCACACUCUUGGCAUUCUCUCAACCAGCUUCACCUGAAGGAGUUCCCACAAAUGCUGAGCACCUGUUGGCUGCUUUUCCUUCACUCUGCGGUCCAACUCAUCCCAAACCAUCUCAAUUGGGUUGAGGUCGGGUGAUUGUGUAGGCCAGGUCAUAUGAUGCAGCACUCCAUCACUCUCCUUCUUGGUCAAAUAGCCCUUACACAGCCUGGAGGUGUGUUGGGUCAUUGUCCUGUUGAAAAACAAAUGAUAGUCCCACUAAGCGCAAACCAGAUGGGAUGGCGUAUUGCUGCAGAAUGCUGUGGUAGCCAUGCUGGUUAAUUGUGCCUUAAAUUCUAAAUAAAUCACAGAUAGUGUCACCAGCAAAGCACCCCCACACCAUCACACCUCCUCCUCCAUGCUUUACGGUGGGAACUACACAUGCAGAGAUCAUCCGUUCACCUACUCUGCGUCUCACAAAGACAAGGCUGUUGGAACCAAAAAUCUCAAAUUUGGACUCAUCAGACCAAAGGACAGAUUUCCACCAAUCUAAUAUCCAUUGCUCAUGUUUCUUGGCACAAGCAAGUCUCUUCUUCUUAUUGGUGACCUUUAGUAGUGGUUUCUUUGCAGCAAUUCGACCAUGAAGGCCUGAACAGUUGAUGUUGAGAUGUGUCCGUUACGUGAACUCUGUGAAGCAUUUUUUUGGGCUGCAAUUUCUGAGGCUGGUAACUCUAAUGAACUUAUCCUCUGCAGCAGAGGUAACUGGGUCUUCCUUUCCAGUGGUGGUCCUCAUGAGAGCCAGUUUCAUCAUAGCGUUUGAUGGUUUUUGCGACUGCACUUGAAAAAACGUUUGAAGUUCUUUACAUUUUCUGGAUUGACUGACCAUGUCUUAAAGUAAUGAUGGCCUGUCGUUUCUCUUUGCUUAUUUGAGCUGUUCUUGCCAUAUUAUGGACUUGGUCUUUUACCAAAUAGGGCUAUCUUCUGUAUAACCCCCUACCUUGUCACAACACAACUGAUUGGCUCAAACGCAUUAAGAAGGAAAUAAAUUCCACAAAUUAACUUUUGACAAGGCACGCCUGUGAAUUGAAAUGCAUUCCAGGUGACUACCUCAUGAAGCUGGUUGAGAGAAUGCCAAGAGUGUGCAAAGCUGUCAUCAAUGAAAAGGGUGUGGCUACUUUGAAGAAUCUCAAAUAUAAAAUAUAUUUUUAUUUGUUUAACACUUCUUUGGUUACUACAUGAUUCCAUAUGUGUUAUUUCAUAGUUUUGAUGUCUUCACUAUUAUUCCACAAUAUAGUAAAUAGUUAAAAUAAAGAAAAACCCUUGAAUGAGUAGUUGUGUCCAAACUUUUGACUGGUACUGUAUAGAAACAAAAUGCUGUCAUAAAACAUAAACAAUAACAUAUUUACAACUCUCUGCCUAGGCGACUUCACGCCGCCAUGGCAACCACGGAACUCUAUCUGUCUGUCUCCUUGUGUCUGUCUGUUCAUCCAUCUGUCUGUCUAUUGUUAAAUCAGUCUUUAUGUCUGUCGUUAUGUCUGUGUAUGUGGUCAUGUCUUUCUUCCUGUGUUUUUCACUUGAAUGUCUAUGUUGCUGUGUGUCUGCAGGCCCCAGUGGAUAUUAAAAGGGAUAUGCAACCGGUCCCCAACAUCGAUCACCUGCUCUCCAACAUCGGGAGAACAGGGCUGCCUGGAGGUGAGGCUUCAGGUGAGGGGACAUGAAAUCAUAGAAAUAGAAUGAGAACAAACAGAAGUUGAUGCUGGAUAGUGAAAAAUGCCAAAAAAGCUUUUUUGCUAAAAUAAUGUCCAGAAGUAAUCAAGGCACUCUCAUGUAGUAAAAUGUUUUUGUCACUCUGAUUGUGUCACCCUGAUAAAGGCCUUUGUAGCCGCAACGUGUCAGUGCGUUUUUAUUAUUUUUUAUUUGUUAUUCUUGCUAUGCAUAAGCCAUAAAAAAUAAAGGCUUUAGAAUGUUUUCGCUGCAUGAGAUUGCCUUGAUUACUUCUGGAGAAAUGUUGCACAAAGGCUUCUCAGCAUUGCUCACUAUCCAGCAUGAACUUCUGUUUGUUCUAUAGUAUUUCAUCCCAUGAUCAAAGAGCACCUCAUAGUAUACACCUAUAACCAAAGAGCUCCUCUCCUGUGUGUCUAUAGAAAUAUAAUUAUUUAAUUCUGUACGUCUGUUUUUAUGCAUUUUUAUGUUCUAAAUGCUUUACAUUGUAUGGAAGGGGAUUGCAGAACUCACCUCAACUCAUCCACCACUAAUGUGGAGCACCUAACUUCAUUUGAGCAUUAUCUUUUAUACAGUUCCCUUACUGUAACGUUCCCUAUAACAACAAUUAACUCUUGUUCCACACCAUGCAUUUCAAUGAAGAUGUCGUCUCUGGAAUUCAGUGGACUUUGCUCAUUUCUCUUGGCAUUUGCAGUCUGUGGCUGUGCUUUACUAUCCUACUAUGUUUGGCUUGGUUUCAGCCUGUGUAGGCACACUGUAUACUUACUGUGUUUCCCACUUUCUCUCUCUUUCUGGACCUUUCUGCCCUCAUAUCCUCCUAGCUGAGCCUGUGGAUCAACCUCUUCGGUAGGAGCAGGACUCUACCUCCAACAUAGUGUGUGUGUGUGUGUGUGUGCGCACUCAUACGUGAGAGAGAGUGUGUUUGUCUGUGAUAUUCUGUUUGAGUAACCUUGGUUUGGAAGCCUAUCCACAUAUCUAUAUCUCCAUUUCUCUCUCUGGGAGUGAUGUCAUGAAUAUUGUGCUGGGAUAUCUAAUGUGCUGUGACUGCCCAAGACCCCCAUGCUACUUCACUUACAUGACUCUAACCUUCAUCUUAUUCAGAUUCCACCACCAGCGAUUCACCUAAGGAUAAGGUAAGCAAUGUAACAUGCAUGACUCGGAACAUAAUUUGAUAUACAGUGUAUUCGGAAAGUAUUCAGACCCCUUGACUUUUCCAAAUUUUGUUAGGUUACAGCCUUAUUCUAAAAUUGAUUAAAUUAUUAUUUUCCCUCAUCAAUCUACACACAAUAUCCCAUAAUGAUAAAGCGAAAACAGGUUUGUAGAUCGAUUAAGAAAAACAAACAAUUUAAUACAUUUUAGAAUUAGGCUGUAACGUAACAAAAUGUGGAAAAAGUCAAGGGGUCUGAAUACUUUCCGAAUGCUCUGUAAUUGUCAUCCAGACCUGGCUUGAAUAUGUGUUUUAGCCCAGGUUUGCUCUUUUGGGACUAUUUCACUGGUUCCAUUGUACAGAGCAUAAGCCAUUAAGCCAUAGGAACCACUGAACCUCUGACUGAUCCUGGAUCUGUGUUUUAGUGCACAUUGGCUUCCAAGAAGGACCUGAGUGCCAGGGACUUCCUCCCAUUGUCAAUCAUCUCCGCCGUCACCCGGAAACGCAAGAUACGCCCCAUCUCCCGCCCCCUGAGCAGCAGCACCGACGAAGACUCUGAGCAUGAGCCAAUCAAAGCCAGCAACUAUGGGGAAGGGGGAGGGGCCAAGGAAGAAGAGGAGGAGGGGGUUGGAGAAGGAUGCGCCCCUAAUGGAACUGAGAAAGUGGAGAAAAAAGGAGAAGAGGAGUGUAGGAAGAGGAUAGAGGUAAAACAGCAGUCUGACAGAGGAAGAGAGGGAGAAGGGAAGAAAGAAGGGAGUGCAUGGGCGAAAGAUAAAGAAGGGGUGGCAUUCCCCAAACCUCAUCCUAACAGCUUCCUCUACACACACUACCAACCCCCCACCACCACCAGCCCUAGCCCCCCAGGAAAGCCCUCAGUCUCCCCACAUUCGAAGCGCCCCAGCCUGGCCCGAGGACGCGCCGCUGUCCCCUCCUGGCUCUCCCCCUCCAGACUGCCCGGCCCUAGCCAAUCUUAUAACACCCAGAAAACACAACAGCCCCAGUUGGAAAAGCAGCCACUGCCAGUGCAGUAUAGGAAGACAAGGGGAGGAAGGGCAAGGCCUCAGUCAAUGAAUUUGGAUAUGGUGCUGGGUAAGGGGGAGGGCGAGGGUGGAGUUGGGAGACGGGGAGAUAGGGUGAAGGUGGUAAGAGCCACAACAGAAGUGCAACGUCACCGCAGCAGUUCAGUUGGUGUUCCUCAGGGGUGCAUUGUCACAUCCCUCAAAGUUCAAGGCAGUUCACGCCUAGCCUCAGCCCCAGCUCCAGUCUCUUCUCUCUCUCCCCCUCUCCCUUCCUCCCCCUUUUCCCCUGCAUGGACAGAUCAGAGCUCCCUUGGUUCUGCUGUUGUCAUGCGGAGGUCGGCCCUGGAGCCUCGGGACAAGCGGAAAGCCUUGCGCCGCCACACGGUUGUGGUCUAA